GAAUGGACACAUUAGGGGGAGGAGCUGCUCUCGCCUGUGAGAAAACUUGACGCUAAGGGUAAGGUCGAUCAAUGGCUAAUGCCAUGGGUCCUUCACUCGAGCUAGAGGUGAAACCUUCUCCCAUGAUGAUUGUAAGCAAGGCUCCCGUUCUGGUUGCUCAAUCGAGGAAGAAACCACUGAGCAACAGCCAAGAGGUCUUGUUCACACUCCUGAACAAAAGGUUUCACAGUUACUUGGCCUCUCAAACUAGGAGCAGUGACAAUUUUGUGCUCAAGACUGAGCGAAUUGACAUCAAGAAGUGUUCUCCUGUCAAACUAAUCAAUGAUUAUGAUCAAACUGACUGUGUCUAUGCUGAUAAAAGAAACAAUGAAGUGACAGUAUCAAAAUGUAGCAAUGCUCGUAUGAAGCUUAGAUACAAAAUGAGUGACAACACUACCACAAGUUGUUCAGAUCGACCCACAAGCAACAAAAUGGAAGAAAUGGGAUGUCAAGAACUUGCUGAGCAUGUAGUCAAUCAAGCUAAAGUGAGAUUGAGGCGGAGACCAAAGCAGCGAAAAACUGUCUCCAAGGACAGCUCAAUUAAGUCUUGUAAUUACAACACACCUUCCCCUAAAAAAGUACCCCCUGAAGGCACACCCGCCAUUAGACCAUCACUUAGCAAUACUGACAAAUCAUCACUGACCACAUCUGAACAUAGUAGUCCCUGUAAGUCACCCGUAAAAGAUUUAUCAAAAAGACUUUCAGAGUCAGGAAAACCAUCAUCAAAUUUCCCUGAGAUUCCUCGUUCACCUGCUUCAUUAGUGCAGUCCCCCUGCAAGACCGUUUAUUUCUCAGAAAGACACUCUAUCACUCCAAAAGACAGUGGUAUUCCUAACGUACCACCCUCCUCACCAGAUUCCAACUUUGCUCGCUGUCACAACUACAUCCAGUCACUGUGUGAUAACAAAAGUCAGAGGCAGCUAAGAAGUCAACUGCAAGAUCUCUGUGCUCUACGAGGUCAACAAGAGUCAGCUGCUAACAAGGAGAGUCAAAUGAAGGAAAAGAGAAAACGCAAUGAAGAAGUAGCCAAACUAAAGGCAAAGCAACGAGCAGAGGUAUAUGCACUGAAUGAAAUCAUGAGACAAUUUGAACAAGAAAAGUUCAGAGAAUUCAUUUCAGGAGGAGUAUAGGAGCAGAAUCACAUGCAGUUAUUGCUUUAAGAGACUAACACAAAGCAAGUCAUUUCUAUAGAGGAGUAGAAUCACAUGCAGUUUUAUUUAUUAAAAGAGACUAAGUUAAACACACAAAGCAAGUCAUUUCUAUCGAGGAUUCAAAGUAAUAACCCACAUUAUAACCUCUCAUUUU